AUGGGUCUCAAGAAGAUUCUCGCUCUCGCUCUCACCGGCGCCGUGACUACCGCUCUGGCCGUGCCGAGUCUCGACGUUCACGCUUGCCCCAGCAAGUGCAACAUCACCUACGACAAGUCCGUCCCAGAUCUCAAGGACUUCCCACGCACCCAAGUCGACUUGUGCUACGACGACAACUUCCUCAACAUCGACUUCACUGCCUACAACGAGACCAACUUCUACUACAACGAGUCGCUGACCACCAACGGCCCCAUCUUCAACUACGAAGUCCAGGAGACCUUCAUCGCCCUCGGCACCGACGACCCCACCAGCUAUCUCGAGUUCGAAGUCGCUCCCAACAACGUCAAGUUCAACGCCUGGAUCUACAACCCCAGCAAGACCCGCGAGGAGGGUGCGCCGUUCGAGACUACCUACAUCGACGACGAUGGCGUGAUUCCUGUGCAGACUUCGCUCGACAAGGAGGCAGAGACGUGGGUGUCGAACGCACAGAUUCCUCUCAAGCUGUUCGGUCUCGGCGAGGGUCAGGCUCAGGGCACUCAGUGGCGCAUGAACUUCUUUCGGAUCGUGUGCAAUGCUGAGACCUGUCCUAAUGAGCAGCUUGGUGGGUGGAGCCCGCCGAACGAGGCUAGCUUCCAUGAGACACCAUCCUUCGGCAACGUCAAGUUUGUCUGA